UUCAUUUUAGAUCAACACUUUUAAUAAAUUUACAAAUAAUUAAUAUUACAAAUAUGUUUUUAUUAUGAGAUAAACUUCGAUAAUGUGUUGUUAAAAUUAAUAGUUUGAUUUUCAUAAUGUACAUAUAAAUGAGGGGAAUAAGGUGUAAACGCACCUUAACUGUAAUAAUUGUUUUACUGAUGUUUUUUGAACAAUAUUUGUGUAAAUUGGAGCCCUUUGUUGAAGUUGUCACUACUAACGGUACUUUCAACUUUAUUGACGUAUUGAAUGAAAAUAAGAAAUACCAGGCCAUUCAGGACUUUUGCCCUUUGAAAAUAGUUGGUGGUAAAGCAGUCAGCAGUGCUUUGGUGCCUUAUCAGGUAGCGUUAAGAAAACCUCAUUACAUUGGAAUGUAUUGGGACUCGUUCUGUGGUGGGUCACUUGUCACUUAUAGAUAUGUCCUCACCGCCGCGCACUGUAUCGUCUCCGAUAAAUUAAAAUUAAUAGCAAAUGAUAUCCGAGUGGUCGCGGGUUCUGCGGUGUCAGGGUCGGUGUUCCUCACCAUGUAUUUCGAGAAUUGGCGCAGCGUCGACCAUUACUACAUACAUAUGAACUACCAUACUACAUUCUGGGAAAAUGACAUUGCCCUACUUAACUUGGAAAAGCCAUUUAUCAAAUCAAUAGCGGUAAGACCUAUACGCCUACAUACCGCAGAUUUAAAUGUGAACGUCGACGUUGGCUCCAAAUGUGUUAUUUCUGGUUUCGGCACCAAAGAGAAUAACGAGCCGUCAGCGGAGUUGAGAAUGGUCUGUGUACCAAUUCUACCGACUACGAAAUGCGAAGAGACGUAUGGUGUGGCGUACCAAAGGGCUUUCUAUUGGUGCGUCGGCGCUAAAGGGAAGGACAGUUGUCAAGGUGAUUCCGGAGGACCUCUCGUAUGCUACGGAGUUCAAGUUGGCAUCGUAUCGUGGGGCAGCGAUUGCGGUAUGUAUCCUGGAGUUUAUACACGGAUUCUGCCUUUGACCAAACAGCAAUAUGUGCCAUUUAUUCAAAAAGAUGCAAUUUGUAUACGUAUGAAUUUUGCAGUUAUUCUUGUUUGUUUUUUAAUAUCACUGUAUUUUGUUAUUUAAUAAAGAUG